AUGCAGUUCCGGGGGGUGCAGGACCCGGCGAUGCGGGCCAUCCAGCGGGUGAGAGCCCGUGGUGGCGGUGAUGCCCACGCGGUGGGGGAAGAGCAUGCUGUUCAUGGUGCCCGCAUUCGCCGCCCCGGGGGCACCACCAUCAUCGUGGUGCCACUCGUCGCAUUACGGGCUGAUAUGACCAGGCGCUGCCAGGAGCUCGGCAUAUCACGUUUUGAACCGGCUGCGGUGACCCGGCGGUUGGACCGGAUUGUGAUCGAUGAAUGCCAUGCCCGCACCCAGAUGGUAUGGUUGACCGCCACGUUGCCCCCGAGCAUGGAGGGCGAAUUAUGCCGGUGGAUGAAGUAUGACCGGGCCGCCGUGACCAUAUACCGGGCCGACCAGCCGGCUGAACGUGGUAUACCGGUGUGUGGCGCCGGACAUGACCGGGGUGGGCCGGGCCCAUAUCAGUGGAUUGAGAGUGAGGCGGUGGUGGCAUUCAUUCAGGACCGCAUCCAAUGGGCUGCUGGGGGGAAGGUCAUCAUAUAUGCGAAUAUCAUUGGGCAGGUGACGGCCAUGGCGCGGGUGCUUGGGUGUGAGGCGUAUUACAGUGAGCAGUUGGACAAGGCGGGUGCUGGCGCGGUUCAUGGGGCCAGCCCGUGAUCGCCGCACCAGCGCGUUAGGCAUGGGGUGGACAUCCCUAAUAUCCGCAGCAUCAUCAUAUUGGGACCCCACCGGAUGUUACUGGAUUACGCGUAGGAGAGUGGCCGGCUGGGCGAGAUGGACAGCGCAGUGAGGCAAUUAUAUCCAGCCAGCUGGGUGGGAUGCCCUAGCUCCAUGGAUGGAGGGCGUCGCCCAUGAGGACCAGGAGCGGGUUGCUGAGUAUAUGGGUGGUGAAGGCAUUGGGUGCGCUGGGUCGU